AUGGCAUCUCAACCUACACAUACACCGCAUGGCAUUCACCCUCUUCAUCGUCUCCAGUUCCCUUUCAGAGACAACACCAUAGCUCGCCGAGCUCGUCGACCAAACGAAACGGAACUCGCAUAUCAGUUCGCCGAAGCUGAAGCUAGAAGGAGAAGUCUAGAAGCAUCAGCAAGUGAUUUCAGCUCAGAAAGCAGCGUUCCACUUCCUCAAGGCUCUACAGACAUCUCCCGUCGGCCAAGUAAUCCUCUCAGCGACUCUUUAUCUAUAGAUGGAAACGCCAGAGAGAUGCUGAACGAGAAGAUCAGUCAUGAGGAGGAGCUUGGUGAAGCGGAAGAAAGAGAAGAGAUUGUUCGAGCCGCCGAGACUUCUCCACUAAAAGCUCCUUUAGACCUUGCCCCAGUGAUCAGUGAGCAUGAGCAGCAGGAGAUAAAUACGGAUGCAGCUUUACGUCAAGCGGACAGUAAAGAAGAACAGAUAAUCGAAGAAAGUAUACAACCUAACGAGUCGGAGAGAAGGAGACUGAGGAAAGAGAAAUUGGGUGAAGGGUUGAUGGAGGUCUUUGGUCUGGAAGAAAGAGAAGAUGUCUUAGAGGAAAUGAGGUGUUGGCUGUUGAGGAGUGUUAUGCUCAAGGGCUAUAUGUAUCUUACCAAGCGGCAUAUCUGUUUCUUCGCCAAUAUGCCAGACAAAGAAAAUCUUGUCGUCAAGACUGGUCCUUUAUAUAAAAAAGCUUCUCGAACCAAGCUUAACACCAAGUUUUGGGUCGUUCUCAAAAACGAUGUUCUGAGCUGGUACGAAUCUACCGCAGAUCCUUAUUUCCCCAAAGGCAAUAUAUCCCUCCAAUACUGCUCAAGCUGUGAUGCGAUCGAUGAAACGAAAUUCAAAGUAAGAACGGCGGAAAGGAACUACACUUUUUCUGCAGAUACGGAAGCCAGUAGGGACGAAUGGAUCAAAGCUAUUCAGAAGGUGAUGUUUAAGAUACAGCAUGAAGGAGAGAGUGUCAAGCUUAUCAUUCCACUCCAAGCUGUUCUGGAGGUUGAGAGAAGUCCUACAUUGGAAUUUGCUGAGACGAUCGAGAUCAAAUGUGUCGAUUCGGAAGAUCAAAUGUCAGUCGAAAGCUACUUUUUCGCCUCCUUCCAGGACAACGAGCGUGCAUAUAGCAAGAUACAACUUCUGCUGGACGAAAGACCUUCAUCGGACCUCCCUCGAAUUUCUUCAGCCAUCACAAUACAUCAGCAGCCUGUGGAAUCACUCGAGGAUAGCGUCAAAACAAUCAGACGCCCCGAGCAAGUUUCGGAUACUUCCAGCACGCAUCAACUUGGCUUGAAGAAGAUAGGAUCUGUUCUUCGACCAUUGAUAACUCGAAGUAAUGAUAAGGUGAACGAGACCGACCCGCCAAAAUCAGGUUUAACGAUACCUUUCCUAUCUAACAAAACACAUAAAUCGUCCAAUGACAGUCUCGAAACGGUGAGAAACGAACCACUGAUCGAAGGAGAGGUGGAAUCUCCUCAAGAAGGCGAUCUUGAUGAUGGAUAUCCACCUAGACAGAAUGGUCCCCCUCCAGCGGGUAUGACUCAUGACGACCAUCGAAAUAGCUGGGGACCAUCUUGGAUUCGUAAACCAGCUUCCAAGCUGUUCGGUACUUCCCCAGGUAGUACUUCAACGUUGGGUAAAUCACCACCUGAAUAUGCUUCUGGAGACUCAAAAUCGUCAACUACUCGUACCAAUAGGCGAAAACAGAACUCCGUGACUGAGAUUGUGGAACCUGCUGUGCCCAACGCGGAAGAUAGUAGUGAUGAUGAGUUGACUCAGAGACUCAGCGGAAGAGGAGGUAGAUUGUCGUUCGCCUCAGACGUUUCCAGUGGCAGUCAGAUGGUUCAGAGUCGAUCUGAUUACUCGAUGAUGGAGGCUUCGGAAUCUGGGCAGAGGGAAGAUGACGAGACUGCGCACAAAUUCAGGAACGUAUUUGCGUUAGGUGAGAAAGAAGAGCUGAUCGAUCACUUCCCCGGAUAUCUAUAUCGAGUACUACCUGUCUCAGGUCGAUUUUUUGUAUCGACGAACUACUUCUGUUUCCGAUCUUCUCAGCUAUUAUAUAAGACCAAGAUGAUCAUCCCUAUCAAGGAUCUGUACGGAUUGAAGGCUCAAAAAGCCUUCCGGUUUGGACACUGCGGUCUAAUUGUAGUGAUCAAGGGACAUGAAGAGCUUUUCUUGGAAUUCAGUUCUUCAAAACGACGAAAAGCUUGCGUAGCGCUAUUGGAAGAGAGGAUGGAAGCUGUCAGAGUAUCUGGAGAAAAGGGUGAACCCGAUCGAGCCGAUAUAAAAACUAGAAUAAUGGAAGAUCUAGAUGAGUCUGUACCUAUCGAAUCGAGAACGACAAACAAUGUUCCACCCGUAUCACCUUCACCUCUCUUCGGUUCGACAACGUCGACAUUCCUGGAAUUCAAACCUGAACCUAUGAGGGUGACUUGUUUGACGAUUGGAAGUAGAGGUGACGUGCAGCCUUACAUCGCACUAUGUAAAGGUCUACAAGCAGAAGGCCAUCAUACGAGAAUUGCAUCGCAUGGCGAGUACAAGGAUUGGGUGGAAGGUCAUGGAAUUGAAUUUGCUAGUGUCGGUGGAGAUCCCGCUGAACUGAUGCAGAUGUGUGUGGAUAAUGGAAUGUUUACCGUGUCUUUCCUGAAGGAGGGACUGCAGAAGUUCCGAGGCUGGCUCGACGAUCUCCUCAACUCGUCCUGGGAAGCGUGUCAAGGAUCGGAUUUAUUGAUUGAAUCACCUAGUGCUAUGGGCGGUGUGCACAUCGCAGAAGCUUUGAGAAUACCUUACUUCCGAGCUUUUACAAUGCCUUGGACGAGAACUAGAGCUUAUCCUCAUGCCUUCGCGGUGCCCGAGCACAAACGAGGAGGCAGCUACAAUUAUAUGACUUAUACAAUGUUCGACCAAGUGUUCUGGCGAGCUAUAUCCGGGCAAGUUAACCGAUGGAGAAGACAUGUUCUGAGCAUAGAAUCUACCACAUUCGAAAAGCUGGAACAACACAAGAUACCAUUCCUUUACAACUUUUCACCUUCCAUCGUACCUCCUCCUUUAGAUUGGACAGAAUGGAUUCACGUCACCGGAUAUUGGUUCCUGGAGAAUGCCGAUGAGAGUAAAGGCAACGAAAAGAAGUGGACACCUCCCGAAGGUUUGGUAGAUUUUAUCAACAGUGCUCAUAAGAACGGUAAGAAGGUUGUAUACAUUGGAUUCGGUUCCAUCGUCGUUUCAGACCCAGAAGAGAUGACAAGAUGCGUCGUCGAAGCUGUGGUCGACAGUGGGGUGUGUGCGAUCUUAUCGAAAGGUUGGUCAGACAGAGGAUCAAAGUCAAAAGGUGAAAGUACGGGUAGUUCAGAUGGAGCGGAUGGAGUUAAAUAUCCUCCCGAAAUAUUCUCUAUUGACUCGAUCGACCAUUCUUGGCUCUUCCCCAAGAUCGACGCUGCCUGUCAUCAUGGUGGUGCAGGAACAAGUGGAGCGAGUUUCAGAGCUGGUAUCCCGACGAUUAUCAAACCAUUCUUUGGUGAUCAAGCCUUCUGGGCAGAAAGAGCUGAAUCUCUCAAUGUUGGUUCUGCUAUCCGAAAAUUUACCUCCGAAGCAUUGGCGGAAGCUCUCAUCAAAGCUACUACCGAUGAGAAGCAGAUUGCUAAAGCCAGGGUUGUGGGAGAGAUGAUCCGCAAGGAAAAUGGUGUUGCUAAGGCGAUCGAAGCGAUUUAUCGAGAUCUGGAAUAUGCUAAAUCAAUAAUCAGACCUCCUCCGGGAACGGAAGACAAGGCACUUGAUAAGGUAACCUCCCUCUUACAUGCCGAUACCAUCGUGCCCUUCCGAGCAAGAUCCCGAUCGAAAUCAUCGCCUUCGAAAUCCGAGAAUCAAUCGCGACAUGACUUAUCGUCAUCUGGUGAACACCUCGGCAACGAUGUCCAUGCGAGUGAUGAUGGUUGGUCAGUAGUUUCAGGCGGAGGUGAUGACCGAUCGAGGAAUGGUUCGGUAUCUUUCUCAAGGAGUCAAAGUGGUUUAUCAAGUCCUGAGAAUGAUAGUGGGAACACUUCCAAUAGCAAGAAUGACUUGUUUAGUGGAUUAAGUUUGGGCAAAGCUCUGCCGAUACCUUUACCUAACCCUUUUUCGUUGGGGAAGAAGAAGAAAGAUCGUUCUGACAAAGACGAAGAUGGUCAAGUAGAAGGGGAAGAACAGGAAGUGACGGAUUCUGCACCUGUGAUUGGCACUGCAGGUGCGAAAGACAAGGUUCAUGGUGAUAUACCGAUAAACUAA